AUGAAAAUGAUCAAAGCGGAGAAAGUGGGCGAAAAGAAGAAUGUUGGCUUAAUCACGUUGAACAGGCCAAAGGCACUCAAUGCUUUGUGCGAUGAGUUGAUGCGAGAACUCUCGGAGGCACUGAUAGCGUACGAUGAAGAUAGUUCGCUGGGAGCAGUGGUACUAACGGGUUCCACUCGAGCGUUCGCCGCUGGCGCCGAUAUCAAGGAGCUUCGUGGAACCGAGCUUGCAACGGCUUUAUCCGGCAGUUUGCUGCAAGCGUGGUCACAGGUGUCAAAGAUGAGGAAGCCUGUUAUUGCCGCGGUGAAUGGGCAUGCUCUGGGUGGUGGUUGCGAAUUGGCCAUGAUGUGUGAUAUCAUUUACGCCGGUGAGAAGGCCAUGUUUGGUCAACCGGAAGUUACCAUUGGCACUAUUCCAGGUCAGAGCGGUGUUUUUUUGAUGAAAUUCUGUGCAAUUUGCUGUAUGAGAAAUGCUCAGUAA